AUGUCGCAACAACAACAUGAUAUGGGCUACCUCGAUUAUGGUACAUCGACCAAUCGCUCCCCUAAUUCGAGACAAAACUAUGCCACUGCUGGCUUCGCCGCUGGCCUAUCGCUACCCCGACAGUCUCAGCGCCCCUUUGACGCACCUCUAGGAUCAUCUGCACUCUACCCUGCCGACAGGAUCGGAAGCGGUUAUAAUCACCGCGGUAUGGAAAACAUGGCUGGCGGUAUGCAGGGUUAUAUGCUGGACAACGGCCAGGCUUGGAACUACAACACAGGUGGCGUGGCCACUGUUAAUGGUGCCAUGAACGGCCCUGGGCGACAACGGAACGUGAACCGCCGAGCUGCUCUCCCUCAGACAUGGACGGACCAGAGUGGACUUGGCAUCCACGGCAGCCACGGAGGUCUUCAGCCUUACCAAGGUGGAAUGAACAACAACCCUAUGUCGAAUGGCGGCCUACGUGUCGAGCACCCCGGAUCGCACGGCUCCCCUACGGAUCUUCGAUCAAACACUUCCGACGCCGAUCAGCUCAUUCCUACUGCCAUCGUGAUCAAGAACAUCCCUUUUGCAGUCCGUAAAGAGACUUUGGCUUCAAUCAUGCUCGAGAUGCACCUUCCUCAGCCAUACGCCUUUAACUACCAUUUCGAUAACGGCGUAUUCAGAGGCUUGGCCUUUGCCAACUUUCAGUCUGCCGAUGACACACGCCUGGUUAUUGAGGCAAUGAACGGCAUGGACGUCCAUGGCCGCAAACUUCGCGUUGAGUAUAAGAAGAUGCUUCCCGAGGCUGAGCGAGAGAGAAUUGAGCGUGAGAAGCGAGAGCGCCGUGGCCAGCUUGAGGAGCAGCACCGAGCCCCCAUCCUCCACCAGCAAAGCUCCAUUCAGUCGCUGGGCAGUCUUUCACAGUCUCAGGCCAGGGGUCCUUCCCACCUCGGCAUGCUCGAAGCCUCUCGAGUCCAGUCUCCCUCCAUUGCCAUCCCCGGUGAUGUUGACUUGAACGACCCUCAGACCCUUGAAUUCUACACCGAGCUGGUUAUGUUCCGCCGCGAUGAUUCUCGCGAGAUCUUGGUCUUCCCCCCUGGAAUCGCCCCUGAGCACCGACGAUCUAUUCACAUUCUCGCCCACAACAUGGGUCUCGAGCAUCAGUCCAUUGGUGAGGCCGAAUCUCGCCAGCUUACUGUCCUGAAGCGACAGCAGCCUUCACCUACCGCCAACAUCCAUAGCCAACCGGCUACCAGCCUCGACAUGCACAAGCGUGGUCUCAGCCGCGCUGCUACAUUCGAUUUCGCUGCGGAUCGCGAGACACGAGCUGCCAGCAGCAAUUACGCACAUGUGAUGGGCCGACAAGGACCUACUCUGGAGCUUCCCGGAAGCCCUGAUGGAAACAGCAUCCCCAACAACCUACGAGCUGCUAAGAGCUUCGCCGAUCUGCGAUCUUUCACCCCCAGCCCCUCUCAGGCCUCUUCUAGCUACCUCGGACCCUCCGGUAUGAACAACAUGGGUCCAGGUUCAACAGCUCGCUUCGGCGACUACAUGGGUGGUGCCAUGUCUCCAUCUGGCCACCCCGGUAACUCUGGCACUCCCAACCCCAAGAACGACUCAGCUCUUCUUGGCAGCCUUAGCAACCUGAACCUAGGUUACGAUUCUGGGUCCAUGCAGAACCAGGCGCGAAGCACUCCUGGCGCCAUCGGUAGCCAACGUCCUGGUAACAGCUCUAAGGGAGCUCCCGAGCGACAGCCCCGCGGACCCGAGUGGGAAGCUAAUGCUGGAUUUUCUGGGCGUCGUGCUAACGGUCACGCUACCCGCGGCAGUGACUCGUCAGACAACGGUGCGCGUGUUGGCUCAAGCUCUACCAAUGCUUCGCGAUAUCACUAA